UACACAGGGCGGGUCUAGAAACGGACGCUGAGGAUGCUUGAGCAGUCAUGACCAACACUCUUGACUUUAUUUCAAAUAUAACGGCUUCACGGUGCUUUAUUUUAUAAAUAAGCAUCGCUUCAGUUGUCUUUAACAGGAAUCUAUCCGAGGGUGGUAAAAGGACAGUGGAAAUAGUCGUCUUUGUCUAACAAAACCCAACCGAUUGCCGGUGUACAGCGAUAAAAACCGGCUAAUGUCUAAUUUUCUUAAAACAUAAUGUCAUUCUGACAGCUUCAUACUGUUUUUCGAUGGUUUUUCAACAACCUCGUGGGCCCUUUCUAUCAGUGGACUCUUAAAGCGUAUCUUAAAGGCUUUGCGCGUGCUCUGACGUCAUUUGUGUUUAUGAUUUUUUUUCUGAUGUCACACGCAUUAGACAUUAAUACUUUGCUUGGUAAUGACGGCGACGCGAUAAUUUAUUUAGCUGAAAGACAUAGAAACAUCAGAACUGUUGUUAUAACAGAGAAACAGCUGGUACCGGUAUAUGUUUUUGUCUGUUGUCGUGUAUCUCAGCGAGAUUUGCCGUUAUUUCUCCAUGUUUAGCACCGACAGGCUCACGGUUCCUAAAUAUGUCAGUAAUCGGCUACACAACCGGAGGACGGGCUCUGACCCCAUGGCUGUGUCGCCGGGGAUCAGCGCCGACGUUCGGGCCGUGUUGGACGGCUCUCUCCCCGCGCUGCGCUCCGCGAUCAAAACACUAAAGUCUUCGAAGGACACCGGAGAUGUGGAGGAGACCCGCCGGGCCAUCGCUGAGACUUUCCAGCUGGUUGAGGAGGCCUGGGUCCUGCCCACAGUGGGCCGACGGGUAGCAGAGGAGAUCUGCAACAGGGUCCGGCUGGAUGGGGGUCUGGAACGGCUCUUGCAGCUGCUGCAGACACCUGCUGUAGAAAUCACAUACGAGUCUGCCAAGCUCCUUGAGCAAAUAUUGGUCUCAGAAAACAGGGAUUAUGUGGCACGUAUGGGGCUUGGGGUCAUCCUGAACCUGACCCGUGAGCAGGAUGAUGCUCAGCUGGCACGAAGCGUGUCCGGCAUCCUUGAGCACAUGUUUAAACACACAGAGGAGACAUCUGCACAGCUCAUCACUAAUGGAGCACUGGACACCCUCCUGUAUUGGUGCCGUGGAACAGACCCAACUGUACUGCGACACUGCGCUGUGGCCCUGGCAAACUGCGCUAUGUAUGGUGGGCACCGCUGCCAGCGUCUGAUGAUCGAAAAACGGGCGGCUGAAUGGCUGUUCCCACUAGCAUUUUCCAAAGAGGAUGAGCUGAUCCGGUUCCAUGCCUGUCUGGCCGUGGCUGUGCUGGCAGCUAAUAGGGAGAUAGAGAAAGAAGUGGUGAAGUCUGGUACUCUGGAGUUGGUGGAACCAUUUAUAGCCUCGUUGGACCCUGAAGAGUUUGCACGCAACCUGUUGGACAGUGCAGACAGCAUGCAGGGCCGCACCGCAGCAGACCUGCAGCACUUACUGCCACUGCUGGACAGCACAUGUCUGGAGGGGAAAUGCAUCGCUGCAUUCUACCUGUGCGUGGAGACUAGUAUCAAGUCUCGUCAACGUAAUACCAAGAUAUUUCAGGAGAUUGGAGCUGUUCAGAGUCUAAAGCGGAUCGUCAUGUACUGCAGUAAUGCCACUGUGUGCUCUCUGGCUAAGCGGGCCUUAACAAUGAUGGGCGAGGACGUCCCAAGGCGUAUCCUUUCAUCUGUACCUAACUGGAAGAGCGGAGAGGUGCAGACCUGGCUGCAGCAGAUUGGCUUCAAUGCAUUCAUUGAACGGUUUCAGGCACUGCAGGUGGAUGGAGAUCUACUGCUUAAUAUCACAGAACAAGAUCUGAUCCAGGAUCUGGGCAUGACUUCUGGGCUCACUCGCAAGAGGUUUCUUCGAGAUCUGCGUGUACUGAAAACCUAUGCCAACUACUCCACAUGCGACCCCAAUAACCUGGCAGACUGGCUUGCUGAUAUAGACCCACGAUUCCGUCAGUACACCUACAGCUUGGUUCAGUCGGGAGUCGAUCGGAACAAUAUCAUCCACAUUACAGACAAACAGUUGCUGUCUGACUGCCAUGUAGAGAAUGGAAUCCAUCGUGCAAAGAUCCUUUCUUCUGCCCACCGCCCUGCGAAACCCUGCUUAACCGAUUCCCAGCCCGUGGGCCCUGAUGUGUUCAUCAGCUACCGUCGCACUACGGGUUCACAGCUUGCCAGUCUACUGAAGGUGCAUCUACAGUUACGUGGUUUCAGCGUCUUCAUCGACGUAGAGAAACUUGAAGCUGGCAGGUUUGAGGAUAAGCUGAUCACGAGUGUCCAGCGAGCGCGCAACUUCAUUUUGGUGCUGUCAGCCAAUUCGCUGGACAAGUGCAUGGGCGACAUGGCUAUGAAAGACUGGGUUCAUAAGGAGAUCGUCACCGCUCUGAAAGGGAAGAAGAACAUUGUUCCUGUUACUGAUAACUUUGUAUGGCCCAGUCCAGACUCUCUGCCAGAGGACAUGAACACCAUUCUCAAGUUUAAUGGCAUUAAGUGGUCCCAUGAGUAUCAAGAAGCCACUAUCGAAAAGAUUCUGCGCUUCCUCGAGGGAUGCCCAAGCCAAGAGCAACCAGACGGAGCAAAAAAAGAGAAAGAAGAGCCACAAAAGAAAUAAAACAUACA